AUGCGGUCAGAGUCCCGGUCGGAUCGGGGCGGCGCCGAGAGAUUUGAUUCUUUCUCCCCUUCUCCUUCUUCCCUCCUCCCCACCACCUCUAUCUUUACCUCAUCCCCGACGUUCAAGAUGCUUGCUGCUCGGAAUUUCUCUGCUGCUCGUCAGACCCUGCGGUUCCCCCGCGUGGCUCCCAGCUUUGUUGCUCCCAUCUCGCAGGUGCGAUUCUACGCCAGCCCUGCCCAGGAGGCCGUCGCCAAGUUCAAGGGCCAGAAGGGCUCUGAUGGCAAGUACACUGUUACUCUGAUUGAGGGUGAUGGUAUUGGCCCUGAGAUCGCUCAGUCCGUGAAGGACAUUUUCGCGGCCGCCAAGGCCCCCGUCAAGUGGGAAUCCGUUGAUGUUACCCCCAUCCUGAAGGACGGCAAGACCGCCAUCCCCGACGAUGCUAUUGCCUCCGUCCGCCGCAACUUCGUCGCCCUGAAGGGUCCCCUCGCUACCCCUGUUGGCAAGGGUCACGUCUCCCUGAACCUGACUCUUCGUCGUACUUUCAACCUGUUCGCCAACUUGCGUCCUUGCAAGUCCAUUGCUGGCUACAAGACCCCCUACGACAACGUCGACACCGUUCUCAUCCGUGAGAACACCGAGGGUGAAUACUCCGGCAUUGAGCACGUCGUCGUCGACGGUGUCGUCCAGAGCAUCAAGCUUAUCACCAAGGAGGCUUCUGAGCGUGUCCUCCGUUUCGCCUUCCAGUACGCGCAGUCCAUCAACAAGAAGAAGGUCCGCGUCGUCCACAAGGCCACUAUCAUGAAGAUGUCCGACGGUCUGUUCCUCAACACCGCUCGCGAGAUCGCCAAGGACUUCCCCGACGUCGAGUUCGACGCUGAGCUGCUGGACAACUCAUGCCUGAAAAUCGUCACCGACCCUACCCCCUACAACGACAAGGUCCUUGUCAUGCCCAACCUGUACGGUGACAUUCUGUCUGACAUGUGUGCCGGCCUCAUCGGUGGCCUCGGUCUCACCCCUCCGUGCUCCAUCUUCGAGGCCGUCCACGGUUCCGCUCCCGACAUUGCUGGCCAGGGACUCGCUAACCCUACUGCUCUGCUCCUGUCCUCCAUCAUGAUGCUGCAGCACAUGGGUCUCCACGACCACGCUGCCCGCAUCCAGAAGGCCACCUUCGACACCCUCGCCGAGGGCAAGGCCCUGACUGGUGACCUUGGCGGUAAGGCCAAGACCCACGAGUACGCUCAGGCUAUCAUUUCGCGCCUGUAA